AUGACUAAUUGGAAUCAUAAUCGUCUGGAUGAGGAAAUAGACGAUAUUAAUGAAGAUGCAUUUGAUGAUGAAACAGACAGAAUAGUAAAUAAUCAGUCAAGAGAUUCUGUCAAAUUGCGUAGAACAGAGUCAACAAAUAAUCCAGUUCUUCAUCGAGCAUUAUCUACAGUAUCAGCAAAUCAAUCGCUUGUAUUUAAUCAACGUACAACAAUCGCCAAAAAUUUUCGACGAAGUAGUGUCAACGAUCAAAUUGUUACCAUCAAUCAUGUGGAAGCUGAUGCCUCAUUUGUGCUAACCGAUUUAAACUCAUUAAAAGAGGAAAUACGCACGCGUGUUAUGGAUAGUUUAGUUGAUCAACCAACAAUGACGGCAUUAGAAGAAACAAGUAAAUUUUUCUAUUUGUUUUUCAAUUAUUUGUAUGCUGUUGUUACACGAAUGGAAUAUAUUUUUUUAGAACGUUUAAACUGGUGGUGCUCAAACAAAUUACAGUGUCCUAAACUUUAUCCAUUAUUAACAAGUGGAGAUGGCAAUUGUUUGUUACAUGCAACAUCUUUGGCUAUGUGGGGAUUUCAAGAUAGAUCUCUAGUUAUGCGGAAAGCGCUGAAUGAAACAUUGAUCACAUCAAAGCCGAAUAAUUCUUUGUAUCGGAGAUGGCGAUGGGCACAGUCUGUUCAAAACAAAAAAUAUGGUUUGGUAUUUUCUGAAGAAGAAUGGGAUUCUGAAUGGAAAAGUUUGUUAAAACUAUCCUCGACUGAACCAAGAACAUACCAGUGUAAAACAUCAAAUUCAACUGCAAAUAAUAAUUCAAACGUUUUUGAUGAUUCAAAUCGUAAUCCGAAGUUACCAAAUACAACGACUACAACAACAUCAAAUGUGAUUACGUCUUAUACACCAUCGUCUAUGACGAACACGACAACAACCCAAUCAACAUCGACCAAUAAAACAUCACCAUCAACUACAGUAAACAAUAAUGUCAAACAAUAUUAUGAAAGUUUAGAAGAAAUGCACGUUUAUGUACUAGCUAAUAAUAUAAGACGCCCAAUUAUUGUUUAUUCCGAUACGAUUUUACGUGAUCAUUCCGGCGAGGCAGUUUCGCCUAUAAAUUUCGGUGGCAUUUAUUUUCCGCUAGAAAUUCCUCCUGAAAAAUGUUAUCAGUCACCCGUGUUUCUCGCGUUUGACGCAGCUCAUUUUAGUGCUUUGGUACCAAUGGAACAAAAUAGUAAAAUGAAAUUAACAUAUCGUAUUCCACUGAUUGAUGCUGAUACGUUAGACUUAUUACCGCUUCACUUUGCUGUCGAUCCGGGACCAUCUUUUCGUUGGCCAAUUAAUGAAGAACUGUCCGAUAAUGUUAUUCAGCAAUAUGAAUUGCACGGUGAACGUCGACUGAAAUUAUUGGAGAAAUAUUUAAGUUUAUGUAAAGAAUUUACAUCUCUGACCACAUUAUUCCCAUCAACUUCCACAGCAAACGGUGCAACACCAUCAACUGCCUCUUUUACUCAACAGCAAAUGAAUGAAGAAUCUAAUAAUAUUGAUAUGUCAACAACAAAUGUAUCUGAAAUGAAUGAGUCAUUGAAUUCUGCUACAUCGGCAAUACCAAAUAUAAAUAAAAAAAUACCAAAACCAUUAAAUAAUUUUGGUAAAAUAAUUCGUCGUGCAUUCAUUGAGCCAUUUUCACAAUCAAAACGAGCUGCAGCGGCCACAGCGCUACGUAAUGAACAACAAAUGUUAGGCGAUGCUGUAAGGUCACAAAACGCAUCAACAUUUGAGAAUGAAAAUGAUGAUGAGUAUUUAAAUCAAUCAUCAUUAUCACUAUUGAAUCCCCGUACAAAUAUUUUAACAGUCAUAAUGGUAAAUUUUCAGCCAAAACGACCUCGAGCUUGUGAUAGUAUGAUUAAAAAUUAUAUUGACACAUGUAUUCGAGAAUAUCGCGAAGAAUUGAUAAAGCAACAACGACAAAAUACGGAUGUAAAUGAUAUAGUCAAAGAACAAACAUUCAUAUUACCACGUCAACAAACUGAAAAUAACAACAGUUAUAAUCGUAAUGUCACAACUACAAAUAAUGAUUCAGUUUUAAGAAUAUCAAAAAACAAUAAUUUAGCAAUAAAUCAACCAUCUUCGUCUUCAUCGGCAAUAGUUAAUAAUAGUCAACAAUAUUCUGAUUUUUACACGAAGAACAAAGACAAUAAUGCAUCCCCACAACCAAUACACUCGACAGUACGAUCGAUUCAAACUCGAAAUUCUGCUAAUAAUUCUCCUAACUUAAAUGAAAAGAAUAUAAACUUAAAUAAUCAGACUGCAAUUAGAAAAUUACCACAAUUGCCAUCUCAGUCUAGUGGAUCCUAUGCUGUAAAUGUUAAUUCAUUAACAAAACAAUCAAAUAUAAAUUAUCAGACGCCUGCACGAUCUUAUCACCAAGUGGUUGACAACAACAAUGCGGAGCCGGAGGAAGAAAAUAAAUUUUCAACUCAAUAUGGUUACGUUAGGACACAAGAACAUCAGCAACAUCCUCGUAUUGCUGAUGUACCUCAAAGUAAUAGUUCGGAAUUUUCAAAUCGUCAUCAAUAUUCAAUUGCUCCGCCAGACGGCUAUAGUUAUACUGAUAGUAAAUUAAAUGGAAACAUUUCGUCUUACUACGAAUCUAAGAAUGGAAAUAGUCAAAAGCCGAUACAAAUGUCACCUAUAAUGACUCCUGUUAAACGUCAACAAUCAUUGAACAAGAUACGAUCAACACAAAAUACAUCUAUUAAUUCAAUAAAUUCACCUACUCGUAUAGUAACACCGCAAAUGAUAGACAACAAUCGAUAUAUUAAUAAUAAUAAUAGUGCAAUGAAUUCUUACCGUCCUUCCUCUAUAUCAAGAGUUGCUCUGAAAAAUCAUCCACCCUCUCAAACAUCGACGUGGUAUGCACAAGUACCAGUAAACACCGAUUUUAUAUACUGUGCAACGGAACAUGAACGAUUGUAA